AUGGCAGCAUCCGAGACCUAUGUCCAGAAGCUUCAGCCAUGGUCCAGCAGCGUCUUCGUACACGGUCGCGAAUACCGAGCACAUCUCUGGAGAGACUAUCGCUACCUUGAGCAGUCGCGCGAAGAAGCUGCUGAAGUGGCAUGGAAAUCCUUGACCGGAGCGGCUGCUGCGAACGCAGCCACCCAGGCACAAUACAACCAUAACCGCGGCUACACCGCGACCCGAUAGGUUCGCCUCGAACGAACUGGAACAUAUGUCCACCACAGUAGCAUGAACGUCACGUCAUCAGCUAGGCGGAUGCUGAGCAAACUCUACGCUAGCAACAACAUAAGGGCACAACGUGGGAUCUUUUCCUUGGACCGACCUCAGGCUUCUCUCAUUUUACCGUUUGAUCGUAUUUCCUUCUACCAUGAUCACCAUUUCGAUUCUCUUGGCCCGCUUUAUACCCAUGAACGCAUGUAAUUUGGCGCGCAGCGCAGUUCGACAUGUUCGUGGAAUACGGACAUGUCGAUCCGCCUCUUCAGAGAGACGUACGCAUGACCCAGGCCUUCUCAGCUCUUCUAUCAACUUGUCGGUCUUGUAACGCAUCUGACAUCUUGGACACGAUGGGGCAUAAUUAUUGGUUUCCAAGCUUGUUUCUCUGUCUCCCUUUUUCUUUUGCAAGGCGAAGUCCCUUUUGAUUUCCGCUAUGAGUCUAGUGAAAAAGACACAAGACGCUACACGCUACAAGCUGUAUGGUACCUAUGAAUUUGAUCCUCGAGGUUGCUACAGCC